UGCCAUGAAGGUGAUGUGAAAGGAGAAAGUUUGGGAACAUCUGUACUCACCAUUUUGCCAUUGGGAGAACUCUGGAGGGUAACGAUGGAGAAGGGUUUCUAGCACAGAGACCCCACUCUGGUCGUUCACUCUGGGGAAACCUCUUCCUGUCUCCAUGGCACUCACACACACACGCGCGCGUGCACACACACACACGUGCACACACACACACGUGCACACACACACACACACACACACAGCUCUCCUUUCCCUCCCACAGAAACUAAUAUACCCUGGCUCCAUCAGACCGUUACCAAAUCCCACUUGAGUACCUUUAUUUCAAUCUCUUGCCCUUUAUCAACUGUGUCAGGAAGCAAACUGCUUCUCUUUUACUACCUGUAUUUAGUCAAGGUUCAAGCUGAACAUCUCCCACUGACAUGCAAUCUGCCCUUCAGGUCAGAGGUCACAUUGCCAACUCAUACCCCAAAUGCCACAGUGAUAAGCAAACACAAAUGCACCCCACCCCCGUGCCAGAGAGCACCUCAGGCUGGUACACCAAAUUUUUAAUAAAUACACAGAGAUGAUUACAAGACAGAUGCCCUGGUAGUAUGGCAAAGGGGAAGACGGUGAGGGUGUGCGUGGUGGGACGUUGUCUGGCCAGGGAAGUGGUCACUGGAUCUAAGGCCACAAGCACACUUUCAUUCUCUGUCUAAUUUACCAUAACAGAAAACCAGACAGCAGGGGUGUGGCGGAAACAUCUGGGUCAGGGCCUUUUAUUACUAACCAGGGGCCACCCUGGACAAGUCACUUCUUGCUGUGCCUCAGUUUCGUCAUCUGUAAGGGGACUGGAUUGUCCAGUGCUUUUUAAAUCGGGGUGCCGGAGGCACAUUCACCACCUGUGUGUGCACUUGGAGUGUCUGUCUUUCCGGGGUGCUAAGUUUAUUCAAGAUUUUGGGGGGGCCCACUCUUUUUACAUUAAAGCAUUUUAUAUCUUUGUUCAGAACACGGAAUUUACAUGGAUUUUAAUUAUGGUAAUUAAUAAUUGAUGAAGUUUCGUGAGCAAUUACUGUGUGCCAAGUGUGAAUCCCUUUAUAUGAUCCUCACAAUUACCCAAUGAGAUAUUAUCUCCAUUUAUAGAUUUUAAGAACCGAGGGCACAGAGAGAUGAACUAAUCUACCCAGUCACAUGUUACUAAGCAAUGAUAAACAACCGGUCCCCUUGCCCCCAAAAAGAUCUGGGCCCAUUGCAAGGAUUUAUCCGCAGACCUGUGAGACUUCUCUGGUGAAGCCUGAAAAGCACAGGCCAAAAUGAUCUCACAUUUUGAGAUCACAGGUCCAGCUCCGGCACUCCUAAAUCAGUUUUAGCUAAAUCAGUGGAUUAAGGUCAUCCUCCGGGUGCCCCUGGAGGAUGAAAGGGGCUGGGGAGGCCUUGCGGGGUUUCUGGGAGUUCACUAGGUGGGGUUUCCGGGCCGCUCGAGCGCUCCUAUUCGGCCCGAGAGCGGCCUCUGCCUGGGCUGCCGCCUCCCUCCCAGCCUGGGUGUUUCCAGCCGGCGUCGCCGGUAUUUCCUCGUUCCCGCGCGCGCCCCAGGCUUAGCUCGCAACGCCCAGCGCCGGCGCUGCUCAGGCGGGAGGGGGCCAGAGGGGAGAUGUCGCAACCGUCUCCCUCCCUCUUUCCCCGCCUUGGCACUCAGUCACCUCCCAGAUGAGCCCGCUCGCAGACGGCUGCGGGCCGCGGGGUGCCCGGCAUGUCCCUUGAGUGCGCGCAGGCGGCGGGCAUUGGGCCCGCGCGCAACCUGGAGCAGGCCAACCGCACUCGCUUCCCGUUCUUCUCUGAUGUCAAGGGCGACCACCGGUUGGUGCUGAGCGCCGUGGAGACUGUGGUGCUGGCAGUCAUCUUUGCCGUGUCGCUGCUGGGCAACGUGUGCGCCUUGGUGCUGGUAGCGCGCCGACGGCGCCGCGGCACCACAGCCAGCCUGGUGCUCAACCUUUUCUGCGCGGACCUGCUCUUCACCAGCGCCAUCCCGCCCGUGCUGGCCGUGCGCUGGACAGAGGCCUGGCUGCUGGGCCCGGGUGCCUGCCACCUGCUCUUCUACGUGAUGACCCUGAGCGGCAGCGUCACCAUCCUGACGCUGGCGGCAGUCAGCUUGGAGCGCAUGGUGUGCAUCGUGCGCCUGCGGAGCGGCGUGCGGGGCCCGGGGCGGUGGGCGCGGGCCGCGCUGCUCGCGCUUAUCUGGGGCUACUCGGCGAUCGCCGCGCUACCCCUCUGCAUCUUCUUCCGCGUCGUCCCGCAGCGGUUCUCCGGCGCCGACGAGGAAAUUCCGAUUUGCACACUGGUUUGGCCCAGCAUUGCCGGAGAAAUCUCCUGGGAUGUGUCAUUUGUUACUUUGAACUUCUUGGUACCAGGACUGCUUAUUGUGAUCAGUUACUCCAAAAUUUUACAGAUCACGAAGGCGUCAAGGAGAAGGCUCACGACGAACCUGGCUUACUCGGAGAGCCACCAGCUCCGUGUGUCCCAGCAGGACGUCCGGCUCUUCCGCACCCUCUUCCUGCUCAUGAUCUCCUUCUUCAUCAUGUGGAGCCCCAUCAUCGUCACCAUCCUCCUCAUCCUGAUCCAGAACUUCAAGCAAAACCUGGUCAUCUGGCCGUCCCUCUUCUUCUGGGUGGUGGCCUUCACCUUUGCCAACUCGGCCGUCAACCCCAUCCUCUACAACAUGUCACUGUUUAGGAACGAGUGGAGGAAAUUUUUUCACUGCUUCUUCUUCUCGGAAAAGAGAGUCAUGUUUACAGACACAUCUGUCAGAAGAAACGAUCUGUCUGUUAUUUCCAGCUAGUUAAUUUUUCUCUGUAGGCGUCUAUUUGUCGCUCUCUGGCAAGCCAUGGUGUGUUUUCAAAGGGAGUUCAUUUCCAGGACGGUCGCACCAGGGUACCUGCUUUAAGAAAAUGUAACCUAUGCAAAUGUACAUUUACAGCACCAGUAAAUUAAGGGGUGAUCAUUCAGUAUAACAAUUUUAUCCUUUAUAAAAGCAUUUGCUGUGGGUUCCUUUUCAAUAUGAACUUUUUCAGUUGUGUAAUAUGAUUAAGUUUAAUAAUUUUUAUUUGUAACUCUUCGGCAAUCUCAUCUCCUACACGUAAAUCCACGCCUUGCUGGUUUCCUGAAGUGAGUCUUGGAACAGGUCCAGGACCCAGAUUUUUCCUCUGAAGAGUCAUGGCCACUCUAGCUCCCCACCUUGGAUUUGCAAGGCUUCAGGAUCAUUCAUUAAUGUCAAGAGCGCUUGAGGAAUUUCCAAGGAACAAGGAUUUAAUUUCCAAGGAAUUAAAGGUGACUUUAUUUUUCAUUUAUAAAGGGAUGCCAUGGACCCCUUUAGGAGAAGCUUUGUCAUGAAGUCAGAGGGGAGGUCGGAUGACUCCAAACAUUUGACAGCGAGAACAGGAGUGAUUCCCUUCGUUGAUCCACCUGUCAGAUGCCUCUUAAGCACGUGCUGUGGCCGGUGUUCUUGGUGGUGGGGAUACAGCAGUGAACCAGGCGGCCGUGGCCCCUGCCCUCGUGGAGCUUACUUAUCUUCUAGAUGGGGGCAGCGAAAAACCAAACCUAAGUCAAUAGACAAUAUAGUAUCAUAGAAUGAGUUAGCAUCAUGAAGAAAAUAGGACAGUGAUGGCAAUUUAGAUGGGGUGUUGAGGGGUCUGCGAAGACCGUCCUGAGGGGUAUAUUUGAGCCAAAAGGUAAACCACAAGAAGGAGCCAGCCAUGUGAAUCCAAGGGAAUGGGGCCUUGCAGAUGGAGCAGACGCUGGUGCUGGUGCAAAGAGGCUUGUGUACUUGUGGGACAGAAAGAAGAUAGGUAUAAACAAAGCAAGCUAUUAGCUGAGCCUCCUGUAUGCCAGGCAGUGUCCUUGAUGCCAAGACAGAGGGAUGCUGUGCUGGAGACCACCGGUUGAGAGCAGAGAGGUUACAGGGCUGGAUUGCACAGGGUCUGGGAGGCUACCAUAGAGAGUUUAUGCUGUGUUUAGUGGGCAGACACUGGAGGUUUGCGAGUGGGUGCUGAUGGGACCUGCUGUACUGGUUGCCGUGCAGGGAAUGAACUUUGUGGAGCAGGAAUAAAGGUGGAGACCAGUUAGGUGGCUGUUGAAGUAGAGAAAGAAGAUGGGGAAGUUGGAGGUGGGUGGCAUCAGUGGGGGAUUGUGAGGAAUGAUCUUGGGACAUACUUUGGGAAGGCAGAGCAAACAUGAUUUAUUGAUGGACAGGAUGCAGAUUAGGAGGGAAAGAGAGGAUUCAAGGGUGACCCCUGGCAGUGAUUGGAUGGAGAGCAGGCAACAAAAAUGGGGAAGACUAGGAGAAUGGGAAAUAGAAGAACCAAGAGUUUCAUUUGGGGCAUAUACAUGUGAAACCCCAGUGAGAUCCAGAUGGAGAGUAGGCAGUUGGGUGCAGGGAUGUGGGGUGUGGGCCUGAAUAUACAAUGUUGGGAGUCAUCAGAUAGUGUUUGCAGAUUUAUGGUUUUAUGAAGUAUCCUGGGAAGAGAGAGAAGAAACCAGAGCCAGCGAGAACCCAGGGCCACGCCAGCACUUGGAGGUUGGGCCAGUGGCUGGAACAGUAGCUCAGGGCCUGGCACAUAGUACAUGCUCAACCAAUCUUUGUCACCAAGUAAAUCAGAGCCAGUAGUUGUCUUUGCUGGUGGAGUUUCUUGAGCAACUUGCUUUUGAAGUAAGGUUUAUGACAAGCUUGAGGACUAGAGGACAGGGAUCUUUUGUUCAUCUUUAGUUAAUAAAUUUGGUAAAUGAAAGCUGCUUUUUGAAGUGAUGUGUGGCUGUCUUCUGGGUCUCUGGGGUGACAGCUGAAGGGCCUGGCUCUGAUGGCCCCUGUUCCAUGUGAAUGACAGGUAGAGCUUUCCUGUGCAUGGUCCCCUGCCUUCUCUCUUUCUGGUGGGAGAACAAAGCACAUUGAUUUGGGGGUCCCAGGAGCCUCCGUGGCCCCCUGAUAUGCCGGCACCCAGGCAGAGCUCUCCUCACACACGGGAGAGAGCUGCCCUUCCCUGCUUUCGACCCAUCUCAGAAAUGUCAGCCUGGCAUCCGAAGUGCUCUAACUGAACCCUCACUGCAGCCCAUCAGGCAGACACUGUUUCCCCAUAUUUCACAAGAGGAGAGUGAGGCUCAGAGAAACUAUACAAGCAGCCCCAAAUCAUACAGCUAAUUAUAUCUGAGGAGAAUUUUGAAGUAAAACUAAGACACUGGUA